UAUUUAAUUCUUCAGGUGUGUUUUGUUGGAGAACCUGGGAUCAAGUAUGGGGGCCUGAUCCAGGAAUUCUUCACAAUCCUCAGCAGACAACUGUGUUCCCCAGAAGCACAAGUAUUCAAGCACUUUGAAGAAUCACACUGUAUUUGGUUCUCUCAUGAGGUGUCAACACAGGAAGACAUAUAUUUCUUAAUUGGGAACCUGUUUGGAAUAGCACUCCAAAAUUUGAAGAUAAUUGCUUUCCCUUUCCCUUUCGCGUUGUUCAAGAAAUUAGCAAAUACUAAGCCAACGCUGGAAGAUUUAAAAGAGCUCUCUCCUACAGUUGGACGCACUCUUCAGGUUAUACUGGAUGAACGCUACGAUGACAUCCUUGAAAACAUGAUGUUGAAUUUCACGAUAGUAGAAGAAUGUAAAGAAUCCAUAAUUGAGGUUGACUUGAAAGAAAAUGGUGCCAACAUUCCUGUUACUUUGUGCAACAGAAGAGAAUAUGUUGAUGCUUAUGUGAAUUACGUAUUCAAUGAUUCUGUGGAGAAGCAGUUCAUGGAUUUCGUACAUGGAUUUCAAAGAGGUUGCCCAAGUACAAUGUGGAAAAUGUUUCUUCCUAUUGAACUCCGAGAUAUCCUGCUUGGACAUACCACAUACAACUGGGACCAAUUAGAAAAGAACGUCAGAUAUUAUGGUUUUGAAGAGUCAGAUGAAACAAUCAAGAACUUUUGGACAGUGUUUCAUGACUUUCCUGAAGAAAACAAGAAGAAUUUUCUUGCUUUUCUCACAGGAAGUGAUCACAUUCAAGGAGAAGGGAUGGAGAAUUUCUCAAUGACUAUUGCUGAUGCAGACAAAGAAAAUCCAGACCAGCAGUUCCCUGAAGUUUUCACUUGCUCUCGAACUUUGUUUCUCCCUAGAUAUACUGAUAAACACAUUCUUAAAAAAAUGCUCUUGGAUGCUAUAGAGCACUUUGAGAAGUUUGGCCUGGCCUGAAGGUCAGAUGUGGUCUUCAUUCUGCUAUGAUACUUGGUCAUUUGCUUCUUAUGCCCAGGAGGGUGUAAGAGCUAGAAUAUUUAAAUUCAGUUUCUCACAUCACCAUGCAGUUCAGUGGCUGAUCUUGGACUAGUGUUUCAGCAUGAUGAUAAAAGAGGAAUAAGCCUGUGUGCAGUCCUGUGAUCUUUGAAGAAAGAAAGAGUAAAUAAAUGGUUAUAUAA